UCCUUUCUACUGAAUUUUCUACAACAAACAUGGCCGCGAAGUCGGACGGCACGGCCGUGCUGUUACAGAACGACGUCCCGCCGCUGUGCGCGCGCAGUCCCGGGCUGAGCUCGCCGCGCGGCCGCUACUCUCUGCUGGACUGCUGCUGGACGCUCGGCGCCCUCCUCGUCUUUUUCUCGGACGGGGCCUCCGACCUGUGGCUGGCUGCCGACUACUACCUGCGGCGGGACUACCGCUGGUUCGCGCUCACCCUCGUCUUCGUGGUCGUGCCGUCUGUAGUGGUGCAGGUGCUGAGCUUCCGCUGGUUCGCGUAUGACUACUCGGAGUCGAGCAGCGCCGGUUCCGCCGCGGCAGCCGUGGUGGCGGCGUCCGGAGCUCAGAGGCGCUUCAGCACCGUGGAGAGCGGCGCCCGGAGCCGCUGCUGCAGAGCCUGCGCCUGGCUCUUCCACAGCAUCGUGCACAUCCUCCAGCUAGCUCAGGUCUGGAGGUACAUCCAUGCCCUGUAUCUUGGAGUGCAGAGCCGAUGGCGGGGGGACAGCGGACACAGACACUUUUACUGGCGCAUGAUGUUCGAGAGUGCAGACAUCAGCAUGCUACGGCUACUAGAGACCUUCCUGAAGAGCGCUCCUCAACUUGUCCUGCAGCUCAGCAUCAUGGUCCAGGCCAUGCAGGUCCUCCCUUUACAAGGCCUGUCUGCUUCUGCCUCACUGGUGUCUCUUGCCUGGAUGAUGGCAUCUUACCAAAAGGCUCUGCGGGACUCCCGCGAUGACAAGCUGCCCAUGUCUUACAAAGCAGCAGUUGUGCAGAUGCUUUGGCACUUGUUCAUGGUUGGGGCACGUGCUAUGGCGUUUGCGCUGUUCGCCUCAAUCUUCCAACUCUACUUUGGGAUCUUCAUCGUGUCCCACUGGUGUGCCAUGACCUUUUGGAUCAUCCAAGGUGAGACUGACUUCUGCAUGUCCAAGUGGGAGGAGAUCAUUUACAACAUGAUGGUGGGCAUCAUUUAUGUGUUCUGCUGGUUCAGCGUGCGAGAGGGACCCACACGUUGCCGCCUGCUUCUCUACAGCCUUAUAGUACUGGCCGAGAAUGUGGCCCUCACUGCUGCAUGGUAUUUGUACCGUGGCCCACGUAUCUCUGACUUCUAUGCUGUGGUGGUGGUGUGCGUUGUGGCGUGUAGCUAUGCCCUGGGUACCUUCUUCAUGUUUGUGUACUACUGCCUGCUGCACCCAGAGGGCCCUGUGACAGCUGCCCAUAUAGGAUGUUGCACAGUGGAGCGGGGUGCUGUGUCAGAGGCUUGUCUCUCAACAAUGACCUCUGCUCCUCCUCCAGAUGUGGUGAGCAGCCCACCCAGGACGUUGCAGAGGACUAAAGGAGGAGGAGAGCAGGAAGCAGCCAGUGAGGGGGCGGACGUCUUUCAAGUGCGCCCCCCUGCUAGUUUAAGGACUCCUGCACCCCGCCCCACCCCAAAGACAGAAGGGCCGGUUAUUCGAAUUGACCUGCCCAGGAAGCAGUACCCUGCCUGGGAUGCUCACUUCAUUGACCGCAGGCUGCGCAAGACCAUCUUGGUCCUAGAGGGUGCAGCACCAGGCACACCCAGGAUCCAGUACCGUUGUUUGGGCACGCCGAAGGAGGUGAUGGAGUAUGAAACAACAGUGUGAAUGCCACACAUUCUCACAAGAGAGGCCACCUGCUCUCUUACUCCAAAAUGCAGGAAGCUGUCAUUGCAUCAGCCUGCAGUCAGAUCACCCCAGUGCAAAUGGAGUUGCAACAGGCAGAGGGAGAGGGAGACAGAAGAGGGUACAGACAGUGCUGGUCAGGUCUCAUCAUAUGGCCUCUUCUUUUUUUGUCUUUAACAUCUGUAACGAUAUGCAUUGUAAGCAGUGGUAUCUGAGUGGUUAAGGCUUCUUGCUAGUGACAGGAAGGUGGUGGGUUCAGAUCCCAGGGCUGCCAGAGAGCCUAUAGUAGUAAGUCACUUUGGAUAAAAGCAUCCACAAAAUCUGUAAUACUCCAGCUUUUUUCAACCUAAUCUUUAUCUAACCUCUUAGUAACCAGGGCAACUGUUCUGAAGCUUUGGUUUCCAAGUUAUAUGAAACAUCAGACUUGGGCUAGAGGUGUUUUUCACAGAGUGUGUUCUUGGUUCUUUUGCUGUCUGUUAUUUCAGACUCUCCAGCCCCUGGGGAAAAAAAAAAAAAAAAAACAGCUCAAUGGCUCACACCUCACACAAAUAAUAACAGAUUUAAAACAGGACCAGCAGGAAGAUUACUGCAUUACACUGAUACUUUCAAUCACCCUACAUAGUGCAUUACGUGUACUCUAGUGCACAGCAUUUGAUAUUCAUCCACAGAAAAAAAAUACUUUAAUGAGUAUAAUGAGUAUAAUUUGUUUUUAAAAAGGUCUCUUGACAGGAUGUACACAUUUCACUUGGGACUUAAGUAGCCAUCUUGUUUAAACCUGAAGUGUCAAAGAACAGAUGACUCUUCACAGUAUAAUUUCUCCCUCACUUAAAUUUUCUCUCUGUUUUUCCCAAAAACUAAGCCUAACAGCACUCAUCUAUUUUAGUCUAAUAGCUAAUGAUAGAAUAUUUUGGCUGUUCAAUUGAAUAUGUUUUUCAUUCUGUAGUCCUACUCUAAUGAUGUCACCUAGCAGUUCAGGACUGUAUACAGUUACUGACUGUAGCCCAUCAGUCACUAGGCACACCAUGUCAACCCCCUCAACCCUGUCUGUGAAUGGAAAUCGACACCCAUAGGGCCCCUAACCAGGAAUUAUUCAGAUGGUGGACCAUUCUAGCACAUGGUAGUGUGUGUAGCACUAGUAUGCGUGUGUCAUUUUGAGCAAUGGUUUUUAACACUGUGCAUGCCAACCUUCUUACACCACUUUACAGGCAUGCAGUUAGAGACUCUAGAUUAUCUUUUUAUUAUUUCUAUGCACAAUUUAUGUCAGUCCUCCUCUAGUCCUUCAUCUGUGUCAGUUACUGAUCACAGCACUGCUUUUGGCUGGAUAGUUUUGGUUGAUGGACUUUUCAAACCUCUCAAGUAAACUACAAUCGGUCCACUGCAGAGAAUUGUUUAUCUCCAAAGAGAUCCUUUCUCAUUUACCUGAUAAAUGGCUAAUAUUGUAGUGUAGGUCCACGUGUACAGUAUAUUCACAUAUUUUACAUGUUACAUACGCUGCAGAUGAAGUGGAUACAGAAUAGGUUGAUAAUGCUGGAGUAUUCCUUUAAUGAAUAUAAAGUGUAGUAUGCUGUUUUUGGUAAUCCCAUUUUGUGCCCCACAAAAUAUCACAAGCUACUGGAUAAAAGAAUCAUAUAGCAUGUCUGCUACAGAGACCUAGAGCGUGAGGCUAAGAGGUUAAGACGCAAAGAUGUUGGAGAUCACGAAGAAUACAUCAUGUUGUGGUAGAGUACAGUGAUGAUGCUCUAAAAUAUCUUCAUAAAAUUGGUCCUGUUCCAAACUGCAACUAAAAUAUUUGCCUGAUUCUUAACUUUUAUUUGCUAUUUAUUUAUGGAGACUGAGGUAUUGUAGCUUUUAGGUGAGGUAACAUUUAUGAACAAAUAGAUUUAUUCAUCAGUGUUCAGCCCAUGACAAAAUAUAUAUAUAUCAGAUUAAAAAACAAAAACCCACCAGGUCUAAAAGAAUCCAAAUAUGAAAUUUUUUCUUAAGGAUUUAAUCCUUCAGACAGACACAAGACAUUCCUCAUAAAAAUGAUUUAAUAUACUUCUGCAGUAUUUUACAGAUGAUGUCUAAAAGCUAACAGGGCUCAGAUGUUUCAGGUCCCAACUGGACUAUAGUGCAUUUGCGAUGAAUCAAACUGUAGUGUAUGUUUACAUGUUUAAAGUCAUUCUCUUUUUUAUAAUUAAUAAAGGUUAGCAUUGAGGUUACAUGGCCAUGAAGAUUGGAUCAACAUGAGCAAUAAAAUCAGAGGUUCUUGCAUUGUAAAACUGCAAUUAGAAGGAUUUUCCACCAACAUAUCUGUAAAUUGUUGGUGCAUCAUUUCACUGAUUUCAUUACCUUCAUGUAAGCAUUAAUCAUCAUAUGUGAUACAUAGCAUGAUGUUUACAUACAGUUUCUAAGCUGAUUGUCUCUCACCAAAUCUCUGUGUGUGACAUAAACACACAUAAGCUACCGUUUGGACCAUAACUGUAUGUCUCAACUUGUUUUCUAUUUUCAGAAUGUGUAGGUAUGGUAUUUAAGCUUUUUAUCAUAAAGAUGAAACAAACUCAACGAAAAUAUUCCACCAAAAUAAUCAAAAGAGGUGCAUAAUUCAAAAGACAAAAUUCCAUUUGAGCUCAAUGAGGAUGAUGAGCUAUCAGGCAGAAAGGCUUAAUAAUGAGAAAUUAUUGUAUCAUUGUAGUAUAUUGUAAUGGCAUGGAUUUGUGGUGCUGGUAAGCAAGGCGGUGCAUCCAUAAAUACAGAAACAUAACCUUUCACACAGCAUUAUCUUUACCUGCACUGUCUCAGUACUGUGAUACCAUGUUGGUGCUAGCUGUAACACCUCAGCACAGCCUUCUGUAUGCCAUAUUAAAUCGAUAAAGACCAUAUUAGGUACACUGGUUUAUGCUGGAUUGAACUUGAGACACAUUAGCUAGAUGAAAAGCCUUACACUGCUCAUGCCAAUCUGUGAUUGCUGUAAAAAAAAAAAAAAGAUGAUGGACUUAAGCCAUGUGUGUGUGAGUAUGUUAUUUGGAAGAUAAUUAAAAAAAAAAAAAAAAAAAAAAAAAAAAUAUGUGUUUACUGGCUUGACCAAAGAGUGUUUUUCCUUAGAGUGUCUUCUGUAUGCUGGAAAUGGAAGUGCAUUCCUCAAUAAUGAAGUCAAAAUGCAAAUGUACAAAUGGAAAACAAGGGAUUUCAGUCUCAGCUUAUGUCCAUUUCUUUUUCUCAGUGAAUUUAGUAAGAUGGAAAUACUGCACUCAUGUGGAAUUAUACUGAAUAGCACCUCAGAGACCAGACGAUUCAGGCUAGAAUAUGAGUUGUUAUAAUUUCCAAUUUUAAGAGGUGUUUUUGAUAGAUAGAUAGAUAGAUAGAUAGAUAGAUCUGUAAUUUACCAUAUAAUAAGUUGAUUUAAAAAAACUGUUAAAGACUUAAACUCACAUGGAUGCCACCAUUAUUGGUUUUUAAACUUUUAUUAGAUCAGACGUCCAGCACAGUCAGAGGGCAGUGCAGAAGCCAAGCCACCAUACUCUACUGAACCAUUUAGACUUAUUACAACGUCUCAGUAUUUAUAUUCAUACACUUACUUACAUUACUUACAUUUCUUAAAUUCAACGUCAGUUCAUUUGUUUCUGCUGACCUCUUGUGCCUUCUGUCUAUUUAAA